AUGCCAGCUCCCAAAAAGCCGGAGGACCCUCAGGAAGCAGCCAAGAACCAAGCGAUUGAUAAAGAGUUAGAGCGUGCCAAACAACAAGAAGACCUAAAGGUCAAGCUGUUAUUAUUGGGUGCCGGAGAAUCCGGAAAGUCUACAAUUUUUAAACAAAUGCGAAUUUUGCAUGGGGCUCCGCGAACCGAGGAUGAUUUACGCAUGUACGGAGUUGUGGUUCGUUCGAAUAUUGUCACCGCUAUGCGGAAGCUAUCACUGUGGAGACCGAUCAAAGUUCUUUGGCAGUCUAAAACCAUGAAAGAAGUAUGGUCUAGGAGAGCAGCAAUGAACGUAAUUGACGGACACAAAGAAUAUCUACAAGACCUGCCACGAAUUGCGUCCCCGGACUUUCAACCGACUCAGCAAGACAUUCUCCUUGCUCGAGUGAAAACGAACCAAGUUGUAAUGGAACGGUACCGGAUCGAUGGCAUUGAGUUUGAGAUGUACGACGUUGGGGGGCAGCGCUCCGAACGGCGCAAAUGGAUCAGUUGCUUUGAAAACGUGGACGCCGUUAUUUUUGUGGCCGCGCUAUCAGAAUAUGAUCAAGCUCUUGCGGAAUCCAAACGUACAAAUCGCAUGAGCGAAGCAUUAGAACUAUUCCGUUCCGUAUGCAACAACAGGGCGUUUGCAAACACAUCGAUUAUGCUCUUUUUAAACAAGAAAGACGUAUUUGCGGAAAAAAUCCACUACAGUGACAUAGUCUCUCAAACGCCAUUCUCUGACUAUCCCUACCCACCGAGAGAGUUUAAUAGCGGUGUCCUAUACUUCAUCGAAAAGUUCAAAGAAUGCCUCAUUGACGAUGACUUCAAUGACUCGUUUAUCCAUGUUACUUGCGCAACUGAUACAAAUAACAUGGAAUUCGUCUUGGACUCGACACGGACAAUUAUCAUGACCGACAACCUUCGAAGGUCAGGCUUUCUGGGCCCAGGCUAA